ACUUGUAAGAUGUUUUAUUUGUUCCAUGGUUCAGAAAAUUACUGGGUUGUAGUAGUCUUUUGUUAGCUUCUUGAUAGAUCCUUUAUGUCCAUCUUUUUUGAUAUCUUUGCCUCCUGCCUUGGUUGUCUAUGUGACACAGCCUCAGCUGCCCCCCACUGAUGUUCCAGAAUCACAAUUGCAUUUCUGGUCAAAUUUGCAGAGCAAAUGCCAUCUUUAAGAAUGAAGACCAAACUAAGCACAGGUUCUUUAAAAGAAAAAAAUGAUCAUGUGUGCCAAAAGUCUUGUAAGAUCUCUAAGAAGUCAUGCUCUCAUGUCAGCAUUUCCCAGCAAGCAGCUGAGUUUGACUCAUCUUGUCGAAGUUGUCACAAUGGUGAAGAAGAUUCUGAGAUCCUGAAGCAGCCUCCGGUUUUUAUUGAUUCCUCUACCAUUGGAAGAAUGGAAUGUGCCCAGACAUAUGCAUCAGACUUGGAAACAAUUUUCUCUCCUCUUCUAGAGCAAAUUGAAAUGCAUAAGGAACCAUAUUUUGGCAAUGACACUGGGACUGAUUAUGAGCCUGAUAUGCCUGUGUUGGGAGCUGAUGAAAGUAAAAAAAGCUCAUUUGACUAUCAUACAAGUAAUGUAUCAGACUUCUUUAUCUCUGACAUGAUUAUUGCAAGCAUACCAUUUGAUGGAAAUGCCAUUGAUGAUAAUAUCAUGGGAACCAGUUCCUUUCCUGACUUCAAAUAUUCUGAGCCAAGUUUGUUAUUCGACAUUUCUGAGCAAUAUAUGAUAUUGCCUUCACUAGAGGAGACCGUCAAAUCCAACAUGUUAGAUGAUGUUAAACCAUGUGAAGAAGCCAUAACGACUCGAGAUAAUGCAGACUUAUAUCUAACAAUUGAUCGGAUGAGAUCCUACAACCAGGAAUCUGACAUUAACUCUGACUCAGAUCAAGUAGAGGAAUUUGAUCCACAGUCCUACAUUAAAAAUUUAUCAGAACUAUCUGAGGUAGUAUCUGGUUUCCGGCCCAGUAUAUUACCGAAGGAAACUCAGAAAAAGAAGCCUGUGACUCUUGUACUUGAUUUGGAUGAAACUCUUGUCCACUCAACCCUGGAACAAUGUGAUGAUGCAGACUUCACCUUUACAGUCUUUUUCAACAUGAAAGAGCACACCGUGUAUGUAAAGAAGAGGCCUUACCUCCAAACAUUCUUAAAGAGAGUUGCAGAUAUGUUUGAAGUAGUUAUCUUCACUGCCAGCCAAAGCAUUUAUGCAGAACAACUAUUGGAUAUAUUGGACCCAGAUGGAAAGCUUAUAUCUCGGAGGGUUUAUCGUGAAUCAUGCAUUUUUUCAGAUGGAACUUAUACCAAAGAUUUGACAGUUUUAGGUGUUGAUCUAGCAAAAGUUGCUAUAAUUGAUAAUUCUCCACAGGUUUUCAGGUUACAAGUGAAUAACGGGAUUCCUAUUAAGAGUUGGUUUGAUGAUCCAUCAGAUUGUGCACUAAUUUCUUUACUUCCCUUUUUAGAGACUCUGGUUGAUGCUGAUGAUGUCCGCUCCAUCAUCGCUCAGAGAUUUGGUAACAAGGAAUAAGAGCCCUUUUUUUUUCUCCUUACUUGCUUUCAAUAUAUCACCUUGUCCCUCUUGUUUGUUUUAAGGAAAUCUGACCUCUAGUUGAAAACUCAGUUCUCUCUCCCUAGAGUUCUUUAGCUGAUCAACUAUCAAAUUCCUUCUUUUUUUUUUCCCUCAUUAUUGCGUUAGCUCGUUUGUUCUUGUUUCCUUUCUUGUUUGUUCUCAGUUGACAACCCAGUGGAGUGCUCUAUAUAAUUCUUCUUGCUAAAGGUAGUUCGACAAAUUGUUCUCUGUUUACCUUGUACAGUUGAAGUUGCUAUCAUAUGAGGGGGGUGUAUAUGAAUCAUUUAUCUUCUGAAAUAUAAUUUUGUGAUAUUCUCAUUCUCUUGCUUUCUUUUUUGUUGAUUAGUUCAGUUUCAGUAUCAUCUUUUCACUUCUCUUUUAUUAUCUUUAUCUAUUGAAACUUAUGCAGAUGUGACUAAUCCUUGUACAAUUAAAUAGGAAAUUUAGACUGAAAACUUCUAGGAAAUGUUAGCACACAUUAGUCAUUCGUACUCACUGUGUCUAAACCAACAUUAGAAUUGUAUUGGACUACUGAUUCUUCAAGUUCCAUAUGUGAAGCAUAUUCUGGAAAGAAGCAAUGUUUUUGGGGCGUAGAAAAGCUCUAAUUAUUUUAAGAAGCUUGGGAACAGACAGGUUUUAGGGUGUAACUUACAUGGAAUGAAAAUUAAAAUAGACAACUCUCCUGUAACAAUCAGUGUGAAAUAUAAGAUAUGGAUGCUUUAUUCUGAGAACUUUUAGGCAGUUAAAUUCAGUUACAUUAGUCAGUGAAGUGAUAUAUUGAUGAAUAAAUGAAUGAUGCAAAUGUAUGCCAUGCUUAAAUCAUGUGAGAGAAUGCGGACUGAAUAUCCAGACCACAGGGUUAGAAUGGGGGAUCCAAAUGUGAUUACCAAGUAUGUAAAUAAAUAUUUUAUCCUUAU